UUUCUACCUACCCAGGUACAUGGCGUUCAUAUCAUCGAGCAGUGCAGUGGUGUUGGUGAAUAUUACUAGCAUCGGGGAAAAUGAUGAAGUCAUCGAUGCGAAGACCCUUUGGAAGUAAUCACAUAUAUUAAGUCGCUGUCUCGGUUCUCCAUGACCUGUAUUUACGUAUAUACCAUUAUUUCAAGUUCUUCAACACCAUUGGUGGUAUUUACAAGCCAAUUCGUCGCUCAUAACAGACAUAUUUGGAUAAGACCUUGAAGGCCGAAGAACGCAGCAGCAUGAUCCUGGGGCCUAUCAAUGGCAUCGAUUGCAUUGCAUUUGUGGCCUGUCUGAUCCCUCAGCUGCUUUAUCAACUGAAUCCCCUUCUGCUCCUGCGUGUACUGGCUGGAGUGGUACCAUUUCUAGUCUUCCAGCUCCCAUUUCACUUGAUCAAAGAACGCCUUCUCACCGAGAAAGAGAAACAAUCCCCUUUCACUCAACAUGCCACCUUCUUCCAGGACGUGGUGGUCCGUUGUGUUCGAUAUGCCUUCGCAAAAAUUCCUGCAAGUGUAGGCAGAGUAUUCUUCUCCAAAUGGGUAUCGUAUCCGUUUUUCAGGUAUCGCUUGUUGAGACAUGGUCAUCUCCAUUGCCCAAUGUUUUAUACAGAGAUUGUCCAACCUGACUUUCGGGGUAUUUGGAUUGCCGAUACCCCCCAUUCCGAUCCUGAUAUCAUCAUCUACUAUUGCCACGGAGGUGGGUUUUCUAUGGGGUCAGCAUAUUUCUAUCUCGAAUUCCUCAUGGCCUGGGCGACACGGCUAAAGCAGAGCGGCUUCCGCAACCCUGCAGUGUUUGCCUUGGAGUAUACGCUCGUACCAGACGCACAGUGGCCGACCCAAUUCAAGGAGACCGUUGCUGGAUACAAUUUUCUGUGCGAGACCUUUGGAGAGGGAUCGGCGGCAAAAAUCAGCGUCAGCGGUGACUCUGCUGGAGCGACCCUGGUUUUGAGCAUGUUGCUUCAUCUGGAAGGCGACGAACAAAAUCCAAACAAUCAGCGGCUGUCUCGCCCGACUCUGGCCAUUCUACUUUCGCCAUGGACUCAUCUUGUCUCAGAGCUGAAUAGGAACACCGCGAGUGACUACCUUGAUAAGGACAGUCUACAUUUGUAUGCGCGCCAGUAUGCUGGAGGCGCGGCGACAACUGACAACUUGAUCUCACCUGGACUGUCCACGAGCGGAUGGAAGAAAGCAUCACCGCUGGAGGGUUACUGCAUCGUAUAUGGAGCUGAAGAGGUGUUUAGCCCAGCAAUCGACGAGACCAUUGCGCACAUGGAGAACGAGGGAGCCACAGUCAAGGCUUAUCGACAAGAGGCGGGCAUUCACGCCUGGCCUGUCGUGAAUUUGUUCCUCGGAGACAGUCGCGAGGAACGGCUGUAUGGAUUGGAUAUCAUGACCAAGUUCAUCGUUUCCUCGAGUCCGACAUUGCAGAAGUAGACGCACAGGCAACCCUGUCGUGCAACUCAUCUUCUACCGCAUGCCAUCAGAUUAGAUCAAGUUUUUAACAACUGUCAUAAACGACCUCUGGGUCUGCUGCGAGGCGACCACAGUCUGGAGAGACAGGGUUGCCACACGACAGUUGUCUUUCCCCAGGACCAUUUCCAGCAUGCUUCUAUCGUCAUUUGGCAGCGACCAGGAACAGAGAUAUCCAACGAGCCGAUAAGGAUAGAACAUAAAAAUGCGAGAACGAUACCAGGACGAGUAGAGCUGUUAAGAUGCUCUCAAAUUAUUUACCUACCUGACUGCCCUGCAGUGAAGUGUAUUUCAUUUUAUU